AUGUUCAUCUCCCGUGCAAUCCAAGCUGCAGUCCUGCUAGCCAUCUCUAUUCCUGUGCAAGCAUGGAACAGACUUGAUAAAGAUAAUGCGGCCCUUCUUGUUAUUGACCACCAAGUCGGUCUUGCGUCUCUAGUCCGUGACUUUGGAACUAACGAUUUUCGCAACAACAUGCUUGGCCACGCAGCGAUCGGCAAUGUCUUCAAUCUGCCGACUGUCCUGACCACUUCUUCUGACGUCGGGCCCAAUGGUCUUAUGUUAAAAGAAAUUGUCGAGAUGCACCCCAAUGCCACAUUUGUCCACCGCCAGGGCGAGGUCAAUGCAUGGGACAAUGCCGAUUUCCGCGCUGCUGUCCGUGCUACCGGAAGGAAGCAGCUCAUAAUUGGUGGAAUAGUGACUGAAGUCUGCACGGCGUUCUUGGCCCUCUCGCUUAUUGACGAGGGGUACGAGGUUUUUGCAAAUACCGAUGCUAGCGGCACUUUCAAUGAGAGACUUGCUGACGAGGCUAAUCGAAGGAUGGAGAAGGCGGGUGUUACUCUUAUGGGCUUAUUCGGGAUUGUUUGUGACUUGAUGCGCGAUUGGAGAAACACUCCUGGUCUGGACCAGCUGCUUCCUUUCCUUGACAAAUAUCAAUUUGCUUAUGGAUUGGUGGCUCGCCAUCAUGCUGGUGCCAUCGAAAAUGGUACUUUGUUCCCGGUCGAACAACUCUUGUUGUAA